AAUUAUUCCACUGUUCUUCCAUGCAAUCGAUAUAAUAAUUCAGGGGUAUAGUCAUUACAAUCAGUUUUUUAUAUGCUAGCCAUUAUAACGUUAAUUAUGUUUUAAAAAGACGUGAUUACUAGAAUACUUAAUAAUUGAUACCUUACUUUAAUAAUGUAAAGUUGUUAACAAUCAAACGUCGUUUGCCCAAGUUUUUAAGACAUCAUCAUCACUGAUUGUGUUGUCUUUAUAAACAUUAUCUUCAUUAUCAUUAAUGAAACAUAAAUUUUACGCAUGAAGUGAAAACUCGAAAUGCCAAUACAGUAUAUAUCGUGAGUUAUAUAUAAAUAUACAUGUAUAUGUUCAGUGUUCAGUGCGAUUGAAAUUUAGGGGAAUCCCCGGGCGAUGAGAUUCAGAUCCGGGUCAAGUGCGCAUACCAUUCAAUGUAUAUAUUUCACAAGUUCAACAUUGCGCAGUACGUAUAUACGGGAGAAUGUAACUCGAGGUUGUUUAUGUGUGUUCUCGUUAAAAAGGCCUAUUCAACAGAAUGUGUGAUUGUGAUUCACUGAUCUUUCAUUGUUGAUACAUCCAUUACCCAGUCGGACAUACAGAAGAGUACUGACGGAGUGGUAUCUCUCUCAUUGGGUUAUUACUGCGUGAGGUUCACAGGUAUUUAACUGUUAAGUUCGCAUCUGGAUUGUGCAAUAGUAAACAGGGAAUUCCCUGAUUCAUGCCAUAGUAAAAACAGUGUUUCUAUCUGAACACCUGAAUAGUAUAAGUUAUUACAGCGUGUAUAUACAUCAUGGCGGAACGCAACCAGGGUUCUGGUGAUAGCUAUACGAAGGGGCUGACUUGUCCUAUGUGCCUUGAUAUCUUCAAAGACGCCACGCUCCUAACCGGCUGCGGUCACAGCUUUUGUCGAAGAUGUCUGAAACGAUACGACAUGGCCAACUAUCAACUCAAUCACAUUGUGUGUCCGGUCUGUAGGAAGCUCACACCUUGGAAGAGAAAGCGAGUGGAUGCACUCUCGUCCAACCACGCCCUCAAUGAUUUCAUAUACGGCCUCUACGGAAAAUCUGGAGGGCCGUCGCGACGACCUCAGCAGCGGACUGUCAAAUGCGAUACUUGCGAGCUUGAGGUACUGGCGAAGUAUCUCUGCAGAAAUUGUGAGAAGUUCAUGUGUAAGCAAUGCUUGGAGAGCCAUCAGAAGAAGUCCGGGUUCAUAGGACACGAGAUACAACUGUUGAACGAGAUCCUCAAGAAUAUCAACUUUGUUAAUCCUUCGGUGGAUGACAUCGAGGAAGACAUGCGGCUGAAGGUGGGUGACAUCAUGCAGCAGUUCAGGGCCACGAUGGCCAAAAUUAAGGAAAACCCGAACGGGAUUAAGAACAUCGAAGAACAUCGUGCUCGUGUCCACGCGGCCUUGGAUAAGGUCCAGGAGGAGACUAAACAAGCUUAUGAUGCCAAAGAAAAGCAGAUAAAUGAGAACCAGGAGAGUCUAACCAAGUUACUCAAAGCUAUUGAAGAAGUUGAACUUGCUUGCGAGGAACGUGACACAGGGGCGUCGGAGCGAAGUUAAGCUUUGGGGGAAGGGGGUACAGGAAAAAAGGGCCCAUUUUCUUUCGAAAAGGCACUAUCUUAAAACAAAGAAAAAAUGUCUAAUCUACAGUGGUGUAAUGAGCUUGAGGAAUUUGAGGGGGCUAGAUAUGUCGUAUCACGUAAAUUUAUAAGAGGUUGCGAGCGAGCAAAAAUUUUGACAUUUUUAUGACGAAAUUCCAAUUUUGUGAUAGAUUUUGACAACUAAUAAUCAGAAAAAAACAUAUUUCACCCUUCUCUUUUUUUCUCUUGUUUUCGCUUGGUCUUUAAAAAUAUGAGGAGGGGGCAAGACCCCCUCUAUAAUGUACGCCACUGCUUAUCUACCACCUCUCACAUGACUCGUUAAACUUUCAUAAGGCACGUAGGAUUUUCCUUACAAGUUUUUUUCCUUCAUAAGUAUAGUAAAAUAUAAAACUUAGAAUAUUGUUUUCUUGUUCCAAAGGGGCACUCGUUAAAAAUGAGCCCUUCUCGGGUGAAAAUAUGAGAAAGGGCACCUAUAAGAAGACAAGGGGCACUUGCAAACGGCAUAAAACGAGUCCUCAAAUAGAAAAGGGGGCAGAACACGUUCGUGAGAGGCACUUUUCUAGGGGAAAAGGGGGUACUGAUACGAAAAAGGGGCACUUACAAAAAGGAAAGGUGCACUUGUGUACACAUAAAACGGGUCCUUUUUAGGUAAAGGGGCACAUUCUUGGGUAAAAGGGGGCUCUGAUUAAAAAAGGGCACUAAAAAGAAACAAUGGGCACUUUUAUUGCUCACACAUAAAGCGGGUCAUAUUCUCGUGUAAAAGUGGAAGAAUACUUUCGUGAGGGGCAUGUUUUGGUGAAAUUGGCAGAUAUGAGAAAUGGCACAUGCUAACACACAAAUCAGGUCCUUUUCAGGUGAAAGGGGCACAGAAUAAAUUCGAGAGGGUG